UCCCAGACGUCGAAGCCCUGCAAAACGGCGAGAUGUUGCAACUGCAUAGGGUCACUUCUGAGAGUACUGGGCAGUACGUGUGCAAGGCGAACAACGAAGCCGGGACAGCAUUCCGGAGUGUCAAGCUCCACGUAAUCACCCCUCCACGAAUUAAGACUCCCUCUCUCAAGCAUCAAACGGUGAUAGAGAACAAUACGCUGCACCUACACUGCAAUGUAACUAGUCAUCCCGCUCCACAAGUUUCAUGGCUGAAAGAUCAUUCUCCCGUGGAUCUGCUGAGCAAUGACAACCUUGUCUAUUCAGACGUCGAUCACACUCUCACAGUUAUCAAUGCUCAGCAAUCACAUUCUGGAAAGUACACAUGCAUAGCGACGAACAAGGCCGGAUCGGAUGAAGCAACGGUGUUCGUACAAGUUCAAGUUCCUCCCCGCAUUGAGACUCCGUCCGAGCAGCAGCAGCGUUCAGUGAUGGUUCACCAUACAGCCACCUUGGAAUGUCCGGUAUCCGGUUCUCCCUCUCCCAGCAUAUCGUGGUUCCACGACGGAACUCCACUCUCUCCUUCAGAUCCCAACAUCUACCUCGGUCAGGGCGGCCAGAUAUUGAACCUGCAUGCUGUUCAGGAAUUUGCAGCGGGUGUCUACACUUGCGAAGCGCUCAGUCCUGCUGGAUAUGCGUCAACGGAUUAUGUCCUGGAGGUGCUCGUUCCUCCUGUUAUCCACCGGGACAACCUAACCAAGAACGUCGUAGUCACCGAAGGAUCGUCGGUUACUUUUCAUUGCCCUGUACACGGCAGCCCCGAGCCUACGGUGACGUGGCUAAAGGAGUCCGCAAUUAUUUCGACCUCCUUGGAGCCUCGAGUGAUGCUGAUUGACCGAAACCGCUACCUAAGGUUACAGCAGGUUGUCUUCGAGGAUCGCGGCCAAUACAUAUGUGUGGCAGGAAACGACGUUGGAACUGAUGAACAAACUUUCGUCCUGGACAUCAGAGUGCCACCAAAGUUGGACAGAUCGGAGCACUGGUCCGACCUGGUUGAUGUCAUUGAAAACCAUCCAGCCGUGCUCCAGUGCCCAGCCUUUGGUGCCCCACCGCCCUCCAUCCGCUGGCUGAAGGAGGGACACCUUUUGAACGAGAGAGCCAAUCCUUUUCUGAAAAUCUCGGCAGACGGAAGACGCCUGAGGUUCCUACGCAUUCUUCACAAAGAUGGCGGGAACUACUCGUGCAUCGCGGUUAACGAAGCGGGGAGGCUGGAGCAGCGAUUCGCCGUGCAAGUGCAAGUUCCUCCACAGAUUCAAAAGAGGGUGCCCAGAGUGGAAGAAACGGCGGCAUAUUCCCAAAGGGCGGACGAAGUCUCAGGGAAUGUUCACGUCUUGAAGAACAGCAGCGUUGUCCUUGAGUGUCAAGUGACGGGAACGCCUCAUCCUACGGUUAUUUGGUUGAAAGAUGGCCUCCCACUGGAUGACAGGAGCACACGGCACGUGACAUUGCUCAAGGAGGAGGUACUGCAGAUAAGCGAGGCCCAAGUGUCGGAUCACGGAAAAUAUACGUGCCUGGCAUCAAACAAGGUCGGUACAGCGGAGGGAGACUUUCAUGUGGACGUACUCGUGCCUCCAACAAUUUCUGGCUCGCUGCGAGAGACCAUCGAGGUGAUCGAGAAUCGGCCUCUGGUUCUCGAUUGUGACGUAGAUUCUAGACCAAACGCUCUCGUCUACUGGACAAGAAACGGCGAACCUUACGAGGUGGACAACAUACUGCAUGUAGCCAGGUAUCUGGUCAUCCACCGUGUCCACGCAUCAGACCGAGGUGCCUACUCCUGUAUCGCUGAAAACGAAGCGGGUUUGGCAGAAAAAACGUUCGACGUCGAAGUUCAUGAACCUCCACGGGUCCACCUGAGCCAGAACAAAGGGCUCGUCCUGGAGUCAGAUCCUGCGCAGCUUAACUGCCGGGUAACGGGUAAUCCAGUCCCUAUGAUCACUUGGCUUUACGAUGGAAAUGUUCUCGACUUGAACUCGACAUCCAUAAGGAAUAUGACUUUUGCCGAUAACGGUCAAGCCCUACAGAUUCCCAGCGCGAUGCUACGUCAUUCCGGAAAGUACUCUUGCAUCGGAAGUAACUUGGCUGGAACAGCAACUGCAUCAAUAGCUUUCACAGUAGCUGUCCCUCCAAGCAUCCAGAAAGAGACGUCAGCGGUCCAGGUGCUUCUCCAUCAUCCAGCAACAUUGAGCUGCCACGUGAGAGGUCAUCCUCCCCCUUCGGUCGAAUGGACCAGAGAGGGGGAACUCUUGCAACACAAUUCCCUGGUGCGGAUGUUAGACAGAGGACAGGUUCUCCAGAUCGGCGGCAUCACGGAGGAGCUGGAAGGCGCGUAUACAUGCAGAGCUGCCAACAUUGCUGGAGCAGACGAGCACACCCUCUUUGUCAGCGUGCUGGUCCCUCCGAAGUUAGAAGCCUUGAAGGACGUGGAAAAGCUGAGACCUCAAGUUGUUUCCGGAAAAGACAUUCAAAUGGAGUGUUUCAUUUACGGGCGGCCGACGCCGCACGUAACUUGGAUGAAGGACGGAGCGGAAGUAAUAGAGGAACCUGGACACGUCGACCUCCUCGAGGACCAUCAAACUCUGUAUAUCACACAGGCACGCAGUAACCAAUCGGGUCGUUACACCUGUAUCGCUUCAAACAGCGCCGGUGUGGUGUCCCGCGAUUACUUUCUCCAGGUCUUAAGUUGCCCGGUGAUCUCGGGCUCAGGAGGACCUGCUGAGCUCGUAACUGUACCAGUCGGCGGAUGUAAGAAGCUGUCUUGUACUGCGACAGGGCUGCCAACUCCUCUGCUCUCUUGGUACAAAGAAAAUCAGCGCGUCGCCGCCUCAAGCCCUUUAGUGCGCGUCGGCAAUAGUAGCUGCUCGUCUGAACUCGAACUCAACCAAGCACAAGUGUCAGACUCCGGGAUUUAUGUCUGUCGGGCAACGAACACUGUAGGGAUGGAUGAGAGGCAUUUUGAUGUCACCGUUCUGGUACCGCCGUCUAUCCACAGAUCAGGACACUACAGGGACGUCGAUGUCGUGCGAGGCGAAAAUGUUACGCUGGAAUGUCUCGUUCGAGGGAUUCCUCGCCCAUCUGUUCAGUGGCUCAAGGAGGGACAAUUAAUUUACGGCGUGCAGUACGGCAAUCCUCGCUACGUCUUUAUUUCAGAAGGGCAAACGCUAGUGAUCCACUCUACAACUGCUGCAGAUUCUGGUUCAUUCACGUGCGAGGCUUCAAACGUGAUUGGCUCGGACAGUUUGGAUUAUCGAGUCUUCGUCAUCGAACCGCCCUACUUCAAUGCAACCAAGGAAAACGUAAUCCGAGUUAUUCGAGGAGAAAAUUUCGUCAUCGAAUGUCCACUCACGAGCCAGGAACGUUACACCGUGAGCGUCACGUGGCAGCACAACGGAUACAACCUGAAUGGCCACGGACUUCCAGGGAACAGCAUCCUUUCUGUGGACAAGAGGAGCUUGAAAACUGCUCACGCGGAGAACGAAAACUCUGGAAGCUACACCUGUAUCGCUGCUAACGUUGCCGGGAAGAACGCGUUCACAACAAUCGUGGACGUUAUGAUUCCCCCGUCGAUAGCCGUUCCGCGAAAUACGACUCUUCAAGUAUUACAGCGUGAAUCUCUCGCCCUGGACUGUAAUUAUGAAGGCUCUGGUGAAGUGGUCGUCUCGUGGUCCAAGAACGGGGAACCCAUCGAAAAUGGCGACGACCGUGUGAAGGUCCUACCAGAUACGCACCAGCUCAGAAUAGUUAACGCAACAUUCGCCGAUUCUGGUACUUAUAUCUGCGAAGCUGUUAAUGAGGUCGGCAUGGCUUACGUCAACUACACGGUUCGUGUGCUAGUUCCCCCGUUUUUCAAUACAUCAGUGACACAAACGGAACUUAAGCGAGUCACUGGAGCUAAUAUUUCUAUGGACUGUCCCGUCCUGGGAGAUCCCGAACCACUUGUGUCCUGGUAUAGACAUGGCCACAAAAUGGCCUCAACCAAUCGGUCGGUGGUCCUGCAUACACUUGGCGUUCACGACGCGGGAACGUACAAGUGCACGGCUGUCAGUGCAGCAGGAUUUGCUGAGUUGAAUAUCUCACUCACAGUGCAGGUGCCACCAAGCCUACGUAGUGAGGGCUACAGAGAGGCCGUCACUGCCACAGUCGGCAGCGCCGUGCGUCUCUCGUGUGAAAGCCAAGGAAUCCCUGCGCCGAUUGUCACGUGGAAGGACUGGAACGAACGGUUGGUGGAGACGAGUGAGAGAUCUGAGACCGUCGGUCAUUCCCUGAACUUUCCUCGUGGCGUACGACUGGAGGACGCCGGGGUGUACACCUGUGCGGCGCAGAACGAAGCCGGACUGAUGGAACGAAGAGUCAAUCUUACGGUUGUCGCUCCCCCGUCCAUCGAGAACCACACAAAAUCUACUCUCGAGGUGACCAUCGUCGAAGGUCAGGCCGCCCUCCUGCAAUGCUCCGCAUCCGGGACACCAUCACCCAACGUAACCUGGCUAAAAGACGGCACCCCUCUGGAGUCUACUAAGCAUGCCCAGCAGAACGCUUCUACGAGGAUACGCAUCAUUUCAAGGAAUGGCAGCGCCCUCUGUAUAGAUGCUGUUGACCUGAGCCACUCUGGUCGUUAUGUGUGUUUGGCCAAUAACGAAGCGGGAACAGCAACUCUGACCUACAAUCUACAAGUGGUAGUCAUUCCGUUUUUCCCGAGCGGCGAUCCGGCUGUGAGUGAACACAAGGUGCUCUUGACUCAUCCCUUUGCUCUCACUUGCGACGCUAUGGGUGUCCCCUACCCGUCGUUCGCCUGGUAUCAGGAUGGCAUUCCCCUGCCCUCUGACGUCUCGACUAACGUCAUUAGCAACCAGCUCCACAUCAUGUCGGCAAGCGCAGGUGCUACGGGUCGUUACUGCUGCGAAGCAAGCAACGUUGCAGGAUCUACGCAGCAGUGCUUCAAUGUCACAGUACUAGUACCACCGCAAAUCUUCGAAAGCAACUUCCCGAUCUCCAUCUCGUCCGUAUCAUGUCACCCCGUGGCAAUGGAAUGUCCCGCAACCGGCGUCCCACAACCAUCCAUCGUUUGGUAUAGAUCGGGAAGUGAAGACGUCCUCCUGUCUGAGGAAAAGGUGCUGAAACUUCCAGAUGUGCAGCCGUCGGACACGGGAAGCUACACGUGCAAAGCGACUAACGAAGUGGGAAUCGCAUUGCAGGAGUUUGUCUUAUCGGUGCUAGUCCCGCCGAAAAUUCGGCGUUUCAGCAAAACGAGGAGAGUAGCUGCGGGGGAGAGGCUCGCCCUGGAAUGCAUCGCCGACGGCUAUCCACCUCCCAGCUUCGCCUGGUCGUGGGACGGUCCCUUCACCCUCCGUCGGACGUUUCCCGUGCUCUCCUUUGACGAAGUUACCAAGGAACACGAGGGGGAAUACACUUGCGUGGCUGCCAAUGAAGCUGGCACCGAUCGAAGAACAGUCACUCUGCUCGUAUCUGUGCCACCGACGAUACAAAGUAGCAGCGAAGAUGUCGCAACGAGUCUCGGACAGCCCGCUAUCUUGACCUGUAACGCCGUGGGAGACCCGCAUCCAAAUGUCACCUGGUACAAGGAUUCUGAGGUGCUGAAGGAUGAUAGCGAAGUGUACGAAAUCCUUCCGAACGGGCUGUACAUCUACAAGGCGUCAACAUCUGACAGCGGUAAAUACGUGUGCGCAGCAGAGAACGGCGUAGGAGUUGCUCAUGCCACCAGGAAACUGCGUGUUUUGGAGCCUCCGGCUAUUUUAACACAUUCACAGGAUGAGAAAGCUGUAAUUCAAGGGCAUGAAAUCUCUUUGACGUGCAAAGCGCACGGUACUCCGCCCCCGAUGGUGCGAUGGGUUCACAAUGGAGCGCCCGUGAACGCGUCAAGUUCGAGGGUUAUUUUAGUCAACGACAAAGAACUGCAAAUUCCCUUUGCCCAGCCCGAGGACACAGGAGAGUACAAAUGCGUGGCUGAGAACGAAGCCGGAUCUGACACCAGGACGACGUUGGUGAAAGUUCACGUUCCGCCGAAAAUACUGAGAGACGAGAAUGAAGAGAGCGAGGUGACGUCCCAAAGAGGAGCCCAAGCGACUCUGCACUGCAGCGCCGAAGGGAAUCCACCGGCACAUAUUUCCUGGUCACGUGAAGGGGACCAAGUUGUGAGCUCUCGGGCAGAAGUGCAGCCGUCGGGGGACCUUGUCCUGAUGUCUCUUCAGGCGGAGGACACCGGUACUUACACAUGUACGGCAAAAAAUUCAGCAGGCACCGAUGAGAAGCUGGUCUCGCUCGUGGUCCUGGUACCACCGAGCAUCAUCCGGUUACCACGUGACACUGAAGUCGGUGUCGGAGACAGACUCGAGCUUGAGUGUGAGGCGGACGGAACACCCACUCCUCAUAUCGCUUGGAUGCGGGAUGACAGCGAACUGUUGAAUGACGCUGUGUUGAAGCAAGACGAAACAAUGAGCAUACUGUCUGUCGACCGCGUAUCUCAGCAAGAUGGAGGCAUGUACGCAUGUAUUGCAGAGAACGAGGUUGGUCAGCGUAAAGCAAUGGCACAAGUCAAAGUGAGAGUGCCGCCAACGAUCCUCGAGCCUCCGUCGCCUCAAAGAGUGCCCGAAAACAGCACAAUAACUUUACAUUGCUUAGCAGACGGUGACCCGUUUCCUCAAGUGUUCUGGCUUAAAGACGGAAAGCAGCUGCAUUUUGAUGAACACUUCAGCCAGCUCCACAACAAUACGCUUCUUGUACAAUUUAGUCAGAUUACGGACAGUGGUCAGUACAGGUGCGUGACGGCCAACAAGUACGGUGUAGCCGAAGCCGUAGCAGACGUGACUGUAACGAAAGAACCGAUCUUGCUGGUGGCUCCACUGGGAGGAGUAGCUGACAUCGGGUCCUUGCUCACUUUGGAUUGCCUCGCUGUCGGAGAGCCGAGCCCCCAAGUUAGCUGGAAACUGGACGGCAGGGACAUCGUACAGGGAGGAAGGCUGUCGGUGUUCCCCAACGGAACACUCAGGAUCUUGGCUGUUCAAGAGGAAGACGAAGGUGUUUACCAGUGCUCGGCUAAUAGUUCUGCUGGAUCGUCGUCUGCUUCAGCUACGGUCGCUGUCAGAGUUGAUGGCAGGUGGUCACUUUGGGAACCGUGGAGCCAGUGUCCUGGACUCUGUGGCGGCAAGAGAGUCCGCAAAAGGCUCUGUAACAACCCCGAGCCUCGCAACGGCGGAAAAGUUUGUGACGGGCAAGAUCGAGAAUAUCUUCCCUGCAUGUCGUGUGAAGGUAGUGCCUGGACGGAAUGGGAGGCGUGGACGGUAUGCAGCGCCACCUGUGGUCGUGGGAUACGCUACCGAAAACGCGGAUGUCAAGUUCCCAAAGAAUCCACCGUAAAAUGUCCCGGUCCAGACAGGGAGACGGAGGAAUGCAUUAUUGCAGAAUGUCCAGUGCAUGGCGGCUGGAGCGAAUGGAGUGACUGGAGCUCAUGCAGCUCCACCUGUGGGACGGGACAAAAAGAGAGAACCCGUCAGUGCGACUCUCCUCAUCCAGAGCACGGGGGAAAUAAAUGCCAGGGAGAAACGUCGCAGUUCACGACUUGCAAUGAAAGGCCAUGUGAAGUGUACGGAUCUUGGAGCCAGUGGUCUUCCUGGUCUCAUUGCAGCGUCUCCUGUGGCGGCGGUACCAAAAGCCGCACCCGCACUUGUCAUGCUCUUCCUCCUUCCAUAGGCGGAAGAUCCUGCAUCGGAAACGCCAUCCAGGUGGACUUCUGCAAUCCACAGUCUUGUCCAAUUCAUGGCGACUGGUCCAACUGGUCUCGGUGGGGACAAUGCUCUGUCUCUUGCGGAGGAGGGAAGCGAAGGCGGUUCAGGACGUGCAACAAUCCCGUCCCAACCCACGGGGGAAGGUCAUGCAUGGGUGACGACGCUGACGAAGCCGACUGUGCUUCGACACCCUGCCCAGGAUCUCCGAGCUACACUGAGACGCGGGAGGAAGGGUUGGAAGAGCUUCGCCAAAUGCCCGUCACCUCUCAGAUUUGUCCCCCAGGUCAUAUCUGGAAAGACGGAGUUUGUCAAGAUAUAAACGAAUGUCUGGUAGAGGAGAUCUGCCAGCAUCAGUGCCUGAACACCGACGGAAGUUACAACUGCCUCUGCCCUCACGGAUACCGCGUAUCGGACGACGGAGUUACCUGCCAAGAUAUUGAUGAAUGCACUGAGCAUCAUAUCAUCGCCUGUGAAGAAGGACAAAGUUGUUUCAAUAUCAGAGGCGGUUAUAAGUGUAUCGACUUGUCUUGCCCUCCUGGUUACCUGCGCGAUGCAGAAGACAGCCCGUGCAAGCUGAACUGCCAACGAUCUCAAGAUAACUGCUCACACGGGAAUCCGGACAUUGUGGAAUUCAGGACGGCUGCCCUUCCAAGUGGUGUCGAGGCGGGUGCUGACGUCAUCAGAGUGGCAGCGUACGCUCACGGCGGGCAACUUUAUCCAAACACAACUUUCACGAUGCUCUCUGCUGACCUACCGUUCUCUGUGAGCCAAAAGAACGGCUACGGAUUUGUGCGGACAUUAUACGAGCCACCGCCUGGAGCGCUGUACCGCGUGACGUUACAGGCUACGUCACGCGACCGCACGAAUGCGACGAAUUUGUUCACUACGCGCAUAAUUGUGUUCAUUUCUAUCUCCAGGUACCCUUACUAGCUUAUCGUGAGAGCAUUUCGAUGUACACUCUUAGAAAAAAGGGUGGGACAGUUACACCUUUUAGGAGGUAACAGUUGUUGCAUAUGUUGUUCUACCUCUUACCUCGCUCUUAAAACAGAAGUUCACCGCAGAGCACGAUGUCCGACAACCAUUGCCACGAAUGAUAUAGGGUUACCGCGAAUAGGGUUACACGAGUGAUAGGGUGAGCGAGGGUGAAGGGGGAGGGGGGCGUACGCCUUUUUGUAGCAAUUUGGAUAUACAUGAUAAUUGCUUUUACCGUCCCUUUUACACCCUUUAUCAGACGCUAUAUAUGUUGACUAUAUGAAGGUUACCACCUCUUCACACCCUUUUUUCUUAGAGUGUAUAGUCACGUGCGAAUACAGAUGGGAUUUGUUUUGUUGACUCUAUUCGAUCUGAUUUGGAAAUUAUGUUCGCUGUGUUUCGGUAAGAGGGGCUGCGACACGUUCGGCAGGUGCGUUUCUCUGCGACACACACGCAUUGUUCAGAGAUAGUAGAAAUAAAGGACGCCAACGUC